ACUGCAGCAGCGUUACAAUGCGCUGAAGAGCGGGAAGAAGAAAACAGGAAAGGGACAAUGAGAAGCGAGAAGACACUGAAACGGAAACCCAAAAAAAUUCCCAAAAACUGUUCAAAGAACCAAUUAAUUAAAAUGGAGGAGAGAAUAAGACUAAGCUGUAAACAUUGAUUUUGUUUCCUAAAAAAGUAUAUGGGUUUUGUAAUACCAAGAAAGCAAGAGAGGCCAACACUUUGCUCAAUAUAUUAUCUUCUCGUCUCAUCCACCGCUCUCUCUAUUGGGCGUUCUUUCACAUUGAAUUUCUCUCCCUACACACCAGAGGUUUUUGUUUCAAAACUGAUAAAUCAGCUUGUUAGCAUGAGCAUAGAAGGAUCUAGUGAAGUUCAACGGUGGAAUGUGAGAGAUGUUGCAAUGGGAAGGAUAAUAGAUUUGGACCUUAAUCAUCCACCUCCUAAUGAGAACAUGGCUCUACCUGGUUCUUUGGGACUACAAGUUCAAGGAAUUGGGCAUUAUCAAGGACAAGCUACAGCUGCAGCGGAUUUUGUGGAUGAUGAAGUUGUUAUAAUCUCACCAAGGAAAUUUGCAGAAGCCACGAAUAAUUCACGACAAAAUCCUUCUCGGAGAAGCCGUAGAGUCAUAGAAGGUCUUUCUGAAGGUGCAGAAUUCUAUACCAGGCUUUCAGAAUUGACAAAUUUCCGUGCCUUUAGCCAACUUGGAGCUUCCAACUGGGAGGUUUCGGUCAAUGUUGAUGUUCGUAACAAACCAGAGUAUACUGCAACUAACGUUCCCAUGCCUCCAGUUGUGCCCCAGAGUGAGUUCUUGCCAGAGGCACCUGGUUUCACUUGUGCAAUCUGCAUAGGCCAGUUGAUUGAAGAAACAUCGACAAAGUGUGGUCACAUCUUCUGCAAGAAGUGCAUUGAGAAAGCCAUAGCUACUCAACACAAAUGCCCUACCUGCAGGCAUAAACUUAGAAAGCGAGAUAUCCUCAGGAUCUACCUUCCAAACAGCAGUUAAAUGGAUUAUGUACCUCCUAGUGGCGAAGUUCUAGAGGAAACGAAGCAGGUCAUUAAACUGAUAAGCUCCUAGGAAAGGUGUGAAUUCUUAGGCAUUGUGAGUUGAUAUGGCACACUGAUUCAGCUGCCCCUUCUUAGGGUAAUUCUUCUGGCUGUUCAACAGCUGCGAUCCUAGGCUUCCAGUGAAGAGAACAUUGGUUUAUCAAGUCUCUACAGUUACAGUUAUUGAACUUUCUUUUAAAACUUGUAUGGACUAGUUCAGUUGUUUUCCUCUCGGAGGGUCUUUUUGUGAGACUGACUUUUGAAAUUAGGCUUCUUAGAUCUUGUUAUCAUUAGCUU